GCACCCUCAAUCUCUAGAAUCCAACGUUGGCUCACUACCCUGACAUCCGUCGUUUCCAAAUUGGAUCGCACACAUUCCGUCUUGGUUAACAAGGUUUUGAGUUUGCCAUGGACUGUGAUGGAUGAUCAAUUUGUAGCGGUUUAUUCUAGAUUUGUUCAUGGCUUGGUUAGUGCUCGUAGUGAAUGGAUACAUCUUGUAGUAGAGAAAGUCGUACAGGGCCUACAUUAUCUCUUACCUAAAGAAAUCACUCGAAGAUUAAUCUAUCAACGUCUGCAUAGCCUAUUGCGCUCAAUCUUACGGCUUGUCCCCACACUUCCUUCUAUCCUUUGGCCAAUACUCGAGUCCAGCUACCCCAACAAGCGCGAAAAUAGGGAUGCACAUACUUGCUACACUGCUAACCUACUGAAGAUCACGACCUACUGCGAUGAAUUGAUGGAGCAGAUUGUAAAAUUGACAAUUGAUCGAUGUGUAAAGUUGGAUGUUGAAAUUCAAGUUGAAGUUGAAGAUUGGGAAGACGAUGACGAACCUGAACCUGAAGAUGAUGCGGAACUUGAUGCCGGCGAAUGUCUUGAGCUGGAUGACCUCUCUUCUGAUGACGGUCAAUCCUCUGAUGAAAACGAACCGACCAAUGCACCAUCACCUGCAUCAAUACGGAAAGUUAAGGAAUUGGCCGCUAAAUUAGAUGGCAUCUUACGUUGUAUUUUGGACCAUCUGCAUGCCGCCCCGGAACCCCGGUUUCAAGCCGAGAAAGAACUAUUUUUCGACGUAUUAUUGUCAUCAUUUGAGUCUUGCAUUCUAAGAACCCAACGCACUCGCCAUACUCAGUUCGUUAUCUUUUGGUAUGCAUCUGUGCAUCCUGACUUUGCGGAUUCUCUCCUCGCUACCUUGGUGGAGUGCGCCCUAUACGCAUAUGACGACUCGACACACCCGAUCGUGACCAGAGUAGCUUCCUUAGGAUAUAUUGCCAGUCUGGUUAGUCGAGCGCGAUACAUUGAUAAGCAAACCACAAGACAUGUGGUGUCACUUCUAUGCGCAAGACUCGAAGCUGGAUUGGUUGGCGAAGGAAAUGGAAACUCUUAUGCUCUCUGGUACUCUAUCGCUCAAGCAGUCUUUUAUAUCUUUUGCUUUCGAUGGAAGGAUUUACUUGUCGGUGAAGAUGAAGAGAUUGAGGAUGAGGAUAGCCUCAGUCCGGGAAAACAAGUAGGUAGAUGGUUGACAGGAUUAAAAGUAUUGGAGCGUGCGGUGUCUAGUCACUUGAACCCAUUGAAGGCUUGUGCUCCAACUGUUGUUUCUCAAUUCGCCAAAGUUGCCCAUCAAACGAAUUUCAUCUACUGUUAUAAUAUCCUAAGAUCUAAUGAUCGAAGUGGUCUAAAUAGUAGUGGUAAAUCUAGAAUGGAUUCCUUUUUUCCAUUCGAUCCUUGUCGAUUACCACUCACAUUGGUUUAUCUGGAAAAGAUUUAUCGGGUAUGGGAAGGAGCUCCUGGUGAUGCUGAAGAUGGUGAUGAAGAAGAUGAAGACGAUGAAGAUGAAGAUUGA